AACUUGGGAGGCAGAAGUAUAGUAGAGAAAAUAAUUUACCAUUACCUAUUUGAUUGGAGGGCCAGGGGACUAAGCAUCUCUUCUAAGGAAGCCUCGAUACAAAUAUAUAACAACCAGCCAAGCAAACAGUAGGAGAUUUCAACUAGAAACUGUUAUGCUGCAUUGUCAUGUUUGAGGUCUGAAGUCAUGUAUCCUAUCUUUCUGCUUUCAGUAUAUGACAGUAUAGUAGGCUAUAAUUGUUACGUGUCUAAAUGUGACUUUUUUUGUUUAGGUCAUAGAAGCAAUGAGUGUUUGUUAAGAAUAGUUUAAAAAAGAGAGUUCUGCUUUACUUUUUAACAGAAAGGUGUUGUGAUUUAGUGAAAAUGCACUGGACUAGGUAUUAAUGGAAUUGAGUUCCAAACCAUAUGCUCCCUGGAUAACUGGGUGCCCUUGGGUGAAUGAUUGAGCUUUCUGGGAUUCAUUUUCUUCUACAGAACAUAAGAGGGUUGACAAUUCUAAUGUUAGGCAUUGGGAUUUCUUUAAUAUUUUUAUUCUGCAACAAAGCAUUCUUUAUCUGACCUCAUUGUUGAAGAUUUUUAAAAUAAUAGUAACGCCCAUUGCCCCAUUUUUGUUGAAUCAGUCGAGGCUCUAACUCAUUUGAUACAAAUGGGAUAUGGUUAAUGUAUAAUUACUACCUAUGGUUUUGCUGAACUCCAAAUUAAACAUUUAUUGUAACUUAAUUCUUCCCUUUAUCGUAUUAAAAUAACCAAGAUUUUACUCUUAAACUUCAAUCAAGCUUACAGUUAACUUGUUUAACUUUUUAAAUAGAGGGGAGAUCUGUUCAAUUCCAAGACAUAGUUGACCCACAGAUCUGUUUUCUACCUGUCACAGCCUACGCAGAGAACAGUCACCACACUCACACUCAUGGCCGGGAUUUUGCGCUCAAUAGUUCAGAGGCCCCCAGGCAGACUACACACUGUGACAAAAGGUGUGGAGUCUCUCCUUUGUACACAUUGGAUUCGUCAUAAAUUUACCAAGUCAAGAAUUCCAGAUAAAGUGUUUCAGCCUUCACCUGAAGAUCAUGAAAAAUAUGGUGGGGAUCCACAGCACCCUCAUAAACUUCACGUUGUUACCAGAAUAAAAAGUACAAAAAGACGUCCAUAUUGGGAAAAAGAUGUAAUAAAGAUGCUUGGAUUAGAAAAAGCGCAUACUCCUCAAGUUCACAAGAACAUCCCUUCAGUGAAUGCAAAACUGAAAGUGGUUAAACAUUUGAUAAGAAUCAAGCCUCUGAGGUUGCCACAAGGACUUCCAACAGAGGAGGACAUGGCUCACACCUGCCUCAAGAGCACUGGAGAGUUAAUAGUGCGGUGGCACCUAAGCCCCAUGGACCAGAAAGCAAUUAAGUCCUAAAAUCAUUUUUAUUUAAAGAUGGUUAGAAAGUGUUCUCAUUAAAAUAUGUUUUAAAUGCUAGUCAUUUUUACUGACUAACAGGGUAUGAUUCUUUCUUACUAUAGGCUCGGAGGCUUUAGUGCUAUUAUUUGGUUUAGUUUUCUCCCCUUUGCCCCCCAUAGUUUCACUGCAACAUGGGUGAGAGUGGCAUUGUUUGAACAUCCAGAUUCAGAUGUCACCUUAAAAAUUUUUUUUUUGUUUUCCCGUUUAACUGAAUUCAACAAAUUCUUUGAAUGGCCCUUUGAGUGAGCAUUAUGUUAUGUGCUGACGAAAUCCAGAGCCGCCCUUCAGGUGCUCGUGGUGUGUUCUGCCAGAGACCAGUGUUUCAGCCACUCAUUAAACCUUGGGUACAGCUAGAUCUGCUGCUUUGUGCUUUAGUGUCUAUAAACCCAUAUGUGGACUUGGCUUUAUUUCAUACUUAAAUAUAGUACCAAAAACUAUUUUCUGUUUCUAAAUCUAAUUUGGCCUAAAGUUUACUGGUGUUCUUUGAAUUCCUAAGACACCUCUACCAACAGUAGAGGUUGCUUUUUAAAAGAAGAAAAAAAUAUUUUAGAGAUAAUUGUUCCAUUUCCUUUUUUCUAUGUCAGAUACCUGUAGGGUGGGGAGAUAUUAGACUCUUCGGAGAGGUGGAGUACUGGGAAAUUCUCUUGAUGGUGAAGAAACUCUGAAUCUAGCUACCCUUUGUUUUCUUUCCUUUCUUGUAAAAUUUGGCUCUGGCAACAAUAACAUUGGCAUAUUCAUUGUUUGUGGUCCCAGUAUCCAUCCUUUCAUAGGUCUUCAUGUUUUGGGGCAUCAAGCUGAAGUGAAGCCAGAACAGAUAUCCUUAAUUAAUAAACUUAAAAGAAAU